GUCUCUUCUUUAACCCUCGUACUUCCCUGAGCAUAACUGCAACUGUGCAUGCAACAUGCACUCUAUAUUGUGUGAUUAGUAGUUCAUCGACGAGUCUUUUUGACUACGUGUGUUUAUUAAUAAGGCCAAAAGUUUUCUAGGGCUAUGAGUGUACCAGCAGUAUGAAACUUAUAGAUAUAGGUAAUAAAGCCCAGUAAAUGAAGACAUGGCCAUUUUAUUUGUAUGAUACCUACCUAUCCUAGCUAAAGAGGGAGGGGCAAACUCCGUGAGUAGAAGCACCCACUAGCUACCAUUGAAAAGUAGCCUGCAGCCACAGUGAAAACUUUUCCUUGCCACCCUCCCCAAACUAAGGAACUUCAGCACGAGAUGAAACCAAAUGUUGCAUGGGUACGUUCGGCCUGCCUCCUCCUCCUCCUGCCCCUGAUGGCGCAGGCGGAGGUGUACACGUCCAUCCAGGAACUCACAGCCGUGUUUUCCCUGGAACGCCGUGUGGUGGCAGCGCUGACCAAUUACCUCGGCGACAUGGAAACCCGACUUGCCAGGAUCAGGAAGUACCUACAGGAAUACGAGCAGGUGUCAGCCGAGGGCGUCGCUACUGACGAAGGCAUCAUGGAAAGACUGGCAGGAAACCCAGUCCACGCCUUCCAUCUCAUGAAGAGACUUACAGUAGACUGGCGUCACAUCGAGGACCAGGCGAAGAAGGAUUAUUGGAUAAACGUCGUAGAAGCCAUGAGCGGUGGCGUUGGAGGGCGUGGAGGACUGAGUGUGAGACUCCCUGCCGAGGAGGACCUCCACGGAGCAGCCCAGGCCCUCGUGAGGCUCCACGACGUCUAUAAUCUGAACAUGACCCAACUCGUCAGGGGCAACGUUUGGGGCGUGCAGAGUUACGCAGAACUGACAGCCCAGGACUGCCUUUACAUGGGCAAGCACUCGUUCAACAUGGGCAUGUACCCGCGUGCCAUCCAGUGGUUUGAGGAGGCUUAUACCCUGGCGGGUCUCGAGGGUAACGCCACCGUGACACAGGACCAGGUCAACAUGUUCUUGAACACGGCCAUCAAGGCGUACGACGAGAGCACACUGACCCGACCCGAGUUGGGUCACUCCGUACCGACGUCCCUGCAGAAGGAGAACGAGACCACAAAGGUCGUCCAGUACAGGCUGGGCGACGAUCUGACUCCUCAGGAGGACGCCCAGAAUUUCCAGGCUCUCUGUCGGGGGGAAAAGUUGCUGAGCUACAGGUACCUGGCUUCUCUGACCUGUUUUUAUGACCACCGUGACCACCCUUACUUCUUCCUGAUGCCCGUCAAAGUGGAGAGACACUACCUGCAGCCGGAACUGCUCACCUUCCAUGACGUCUUGAGCGACUUCGAAAUCAACCACAUCAAGGGGAUUGCCAAGCCCAUGCUUGCCCGGGCAAUGGUACAGGGCCACCAAGGCAAAGGAAACACAGUUAGCAACACUCGUACAUCGAAGGUAGGAUGGCUAGACGACUCCUUCGACCUGAUCAUCCAGAAAGUGAACAAGAGGGUGGAAAUGAUCACAGGACUCUCCACGAACGUGGCAGCGGAGGACGCCGAGAUGAUGCAGGUGUCAAACUACGGGAUAGGAGGCCACUACAAUCCCCACCACGAUUACCUGCUCGUGGACAAGACGGAGGACGAGCUCCGAUUCAACAUUCACCCUAGGGAGCUGGUCAUGGGAGAUCGUAUUGCCACAUUCAUGUUUUACCUAAGUGACGUCACGAGGGGCGGUGCCACGGCCUUCCCCCGCCUUGGCACCGCCGUGUGGCCCUCCAAGGGGUCGGCCGCCUUCUGGCACAACCUGAAGAGGUCGGGCGAAGGGGACGUGUCCACGCUCCACGGCGCAUGCCCGGUGGUGCACGGAUCGAAAUGGGUCAGCAACAAAUGGAUAAGGGAGCGUGGCCAGUUCCUAAGACGUGGAUGCACCCUUCGACCAGAAGAUUAGGUGAUCGGAAUGACUAGAAUAAACACCCUUCUACCAUUUAUAACAAUCGCCUCAACUAUAAUGUCUCUAUUCGUUUUAGGUCAUGGACCACCGGCCCUAUUGUUUUUUUUAUAAGAAUGAUACAACAAAAUGAAUAGCCAUUGAUGCAUCUGUAUAAAAUUGUUUAAAUUUAAAAACAUGUGCUCCAGGCUCCACUUUAUUGCCACAUAUAUAGACCGUCCUGGGACCACCCAAAAUGUCACCGUGGACCAAUGAUGGUCCAUGGACCACCAGUUGAGAACCACUGGUGUAGGAAGUCUUAACAAAUCUGAAGAUACUUUCGUUUUUCAUUAUUUUCUCAAAGAUGGAUUCCUUCAUGUUGUGUAGUAUUUUAGUUUUUCUAAUAAUGUAAAUAUCAAUAUAUCUAUUUUAAAAUUAUUAUAAAUAUAAAUUUCAUACACAAGAAUUGUUAAUGGGUCUGUUCCGAAGAUAUAUAAGAAUGAAUUAUAGAAACAAAGUUUGACUGUGAUAUAACAAUUGGCCCUAAUUAAAAAUUCGAUUCACAGACAAUGAGGAAUACCUUACAAUUUUCAUUUAAUUUCGAAUUUUUCAAUUCGAAAUUUGAUCGGAUUUGCAAAUUUCAUUAUCUAUAUUUAAAGUGUGUAAAUAUAUAGCUAGAAUAGUUAAAACAUUCACUGGCAUGUAAAUAAGAAUACUCGGCAAGAGAUUGUAAAUAAAAGUGGCUUUCGCAAAACGUGUAAAAAAAAAUAACAAUAUAUACAAGCAACGUUUCAUAAUAAUGAUUAAGGAGUUUCGUCUUUUUAUCGUAUCGAUAUACUGAAACUACUGUAAAUGCCUUCCAUUUCCAAGAGUAGUUAUAAUAGGUUUAUGUGUCUGUUCUUCAUUAAUUAGAUGGAUUGUGGUAGCUGAAAUAAAAUACAGAUAGUAUAUAUAUAUAUA